AUGUUAUUUAUAAAUUUCCAUACAUGGAUAAUAUUUUAUGUAUUAAUUUCAAUUUCUACAAAUAUACUAUGUCAAAAAAAAGAAUUUCGUAGUGAAAAAAUUAAUUAUAUUUAUGAAAAGGCAAAAUUCUUAUAUGAUAAGGGGCCAAAAAUUGAGAAAUUAAAAAAUGAAUUAGAGAAAUUUGAUAAAAUUGUUUUGAAUCUAAAACAAUCAAAAAAUUUAGAUAAAAAAGAAAUUUAUGAGGUUGAUAGAAAAAUGGUUGAAAUGUUAAAUAAGUAUGGGUUGGAGGAGGCUGCAAAAAGUUUUUCCACAAAAUACAAACAUGAACAUUCUCUUUUUGUGGAGGAUUCCUCAAUUAAUAAAAUAAACAAAUUUGAAGAUUUUGAAAUUCAAGAAGUUCAAAAGUUGUGGAGUCAAACUUGUGAGAUCACCCAAAAGAAUUCAGAAAAAAAGAUGAUUUAUGAUAUAUUAGUUGGUUAUCAAGAUGAUUUAAAAAGAUAUUACGAAUUGAUAAAGGAUAUUAAUGAAAUUGAAAUGAAAGAAAAUAAUGUUAAUGAUGACUAUCAUUAUUUAAUUGCUUCUAAGAAAAAAGAAGCAAAAUUAUUAAAUAAUCAAUUAGAAGAUCAGUAUAUAAGAAUUAUAAAAAAAAUUGGUAACUUACAAACAAAUCCAUUUUUACAUGAAGUUGUGAGAAAACUUUAUAAUGAAGUAAUAACAUCUAAAAAAUUUUCUGAAGAUGAAGAAAAAACAUUACGUAAUGAGUUAAGGAGUUUACAGGAACAAUUUUUCCGUCUUGACUACCAUAAAAACCAACUUGAGGAAGUAUCUCAAUAUGAAAAAAAGGAAGCAGUAACAGAAGAUAUUAGAAAAAAUGAAGAGAUGGCGGAAAUGUUAAAGAAGAAAGUUAAAAAAUAUACUGAAUAUCUUAGAAAUAGAAUUAAUCCUCACUUAGAACUAUAA